AUGGUUAAUUCAGGAAUUGUAAAUAUUUUUAAAUAUCACUAUAAAUAUGUGUUUUUAAUCACAAUAUUAGUUCUAUUGUGUUUGUCCAAUUGUAAGCAUAAAAGAAAAAGACAAUUUCGCUAUCAUAACAGAUACCCUAAAACAGGAAAAUAUACUACGAAGACUAUUUGCAUGCAAGUUGACAAUACAUUGAAAGCACGCCACAAAUCCUGCUUCCUACGACCAGAUACAGGCCCAUGCAGAGCAGAUAUAAUCCAGUGGUACUAUGACGUGAAGCAAGGCAGAUGUUACCAGUUCUUUUGGGGUGGAUGUCAGGGUAAUGGAAAUAGAUUUGAAAGUCAAAAACAGUGCAUAGAUUAUUGUAAACUCAACACCUCUUUUCCUGCAUCGGGGAUACCUCAUUAUUGUUCCUUAUCAUUUAACUAUGGUACUUGCUUCGGCUCGUUCUAUCGAUGGGCUUGGGAUAAACUUACAAAGAACUGUAAACGGUAUAUGUACUCGGGCUGUGGAGGUAACCAGAAUAACUUUCAAACACGCGACGAGUGUUUGAACAACUGUCUGAACCCUUCCAAUAAUACGCUGCAAGGAGUUCACGAAAUAACCACGUGCAUUCCGUUGAAUUUCGCUGAUGCGUGA